AUGGCCUCAAGAUCCGCCCAAAGAGGCAAAUUCGGCUUCGGAUUGCCAAGGAGUCAUUGCCAGGAUUCAUCUGCAUCCGCUUCGUCUUCAACCAAACCUCCCCAUCACCAUCCAGAUAUCCCCGCAGUUAAGAAGCAGGGUGCCUGGGAAAAGUGCUGGAAAGUCUGUGUGGCUGGCGUGUUGGUUGCAAACUAA